AGAAAGCAGGAAGCGCAGCCACAUCCACACAACAGCAACGCUAAAGUGAGGUUGCAGACAGCUCGACCUGAACGCCCGAACGGGGACUGAGAAUAAACCAAUUACACACCAUGUUUUGGAGACUUUUCUUCGUGACAACCUUACUAGCCCUCCUCGGAUCGUUGACAAGCCACGGAUUUGCACAGGAUGAAGACUGUGGUUCAUUGGGUUGUGAUUCAUGUGGGAAUGUGACUCACUGCCAGUGGAUGAACUGCUCAGAUGGUGAACCUAAGUGUCAUAACGUCAGUGCUAUGAACCAAACAAUCAACUGCGUCAUUGUGAACUGCACAGAACCAUCACCGAACACGACAGUGAGCCCUACCCCCACAAACGUUUCCACAAUAGUCCCUACCACAGCAGAUUCCCCGACUCAAAACGCCACAGUCACAAGCACCACGACCAUGUCACCUACUACUUCUCCAUCUAAAUCAUCCACAUUUGAUGCCGCCAGUUUCAUCGGGGGAAUUGUGUUAGUCCUUGGGCUUCAAGCGGUCAUCUUUUUCCUUUACAAGUUCUGCAAAUCCAAGGAUCGCAACUACCACACCCUGUAACCCGCUACCACCUGGAGGCACCACAAAACCCACACUCCAACCCAAAACUGAGAGGGCACAUUCUACUCACAGAGCCAUUGAUAUUUCCUAAACACUCCCCAUGUUCGGCCUCAUAUUUGUUCUAAUUUGAAUUCCUGUGAUUUGAGCUUUAUUUUUCGUUAAUGUUAGAGCUCUCACAAUCACUCAAGGUUGUUAACACAAAUACACCCCACACACAAAGUAAUGCCUCAAGCCUUUUUGGGCAGUGGCAUUAUGGGCUAUGUGAAAUGUGUCCUGCUUUCGUGUACAACCACAGAUUUCAAAGUUAUGUCCAUAAAUGUUUUUCAUGGUGUUUCCCCUAAAAGUCAUUGGAGGGUGGCACCUUCUUAUGAUACUUGCUACAAUACUUCCCAAUUUCAGUGUUAAUUUCAGGUAUCUUCACUAGAACAGUGUUUUUUAUACAGUCACCAUGAAUGAUGGUUCUCAAUAUUCCAUCAACAUAAUCACCAUGUUCACAAAUAAUGUUUAUAGUUCAGUACUGAAUGAACAAAGUUUUCCCCCUUCAUUUUUAAAUCUGUUCUGCAUUUUCAUCAAAUAGUCCUUUGGAGUGUAUCCAUCUGUGUGUGGUGUUUGAUUUCAAGCCCUUUUUUGGCUAUUCCUUUCUUUUACAUCAACUAAGAGAACCAAAAUGUUUGCAAUAAAUUACAUUCCCCACCUUAGUUAGAGUUGGGAGUUAGAGAACCAGUAGACAUCAGUUCUCAAAAUGAGUUAAAGCCGGAAUCUCGCUCCUUUUUUCUUCCCCAAAUGUGACAGUGGAGUGCUGGGUAAUAUCAGAGAUGCAUUAUAUACACUUAGUUAGCAUCCUAUCAUUGUAGGGGACUUACCAGCAUAUCGGCCAUUUAAAAUUGUACUUUUGGAGAGUUGGUGGAUUUGAAACCGUAGGAGUUCAUCCAAUCCAGUUCUAAUAACAGCAGAAAUGAGUCUUCAUUAAAGUGAGUCUAUUCUGGCGGACAUGCGAAUAGAUUGAGGCACUAUGAGAGCGGAGGAUCAAUGAUCCCAUUCAGAAUGAUUGACAGUUGAGUCAAAGUGCCUUUAGGUGGAGGCAGUGGCUUGCUGCCUUUAAAGUGAGCCUUAAAAGUGUGAAUGCGUUCAUGUUGGGCCUCCAUCGAGGCCAGGCUCUGUGUUAGUGUGUCUGCCUGUAUUUCAGUGUGUUUAAAGACGCGCAUGCGUGCUUGUUUCAUUGAAGUAGAUCUAGUGUCUAUCUGCCAGCUGGACUGAUCGCUAUAUUAUACAGAGUAGAUAAUUACAAGUUAAUUCAUUUGUUGGAUUAAUAUGUCAUGUUUCCAAAAUGCUUCUCUCAGUUCUUGAGGUUCAUUUUUUAUUAUCUUUUUUUUGCUAGCGCAGAAAUGUCGGUUAGAUUCUAGCACUCCCAAUCAAAAACAGAUCGAUAUUUAUACAUAAUCUGAACUCUUUGACCAUAAACUGAAUCAAUAAACUGAGGGUUACAUACUUCAGGCUUGUACAUAGAGCCUAAUGUUUUUUUAGGAGCUUUUGUGUUAAUUACCCUUAAGAGAACUGAAAUGUACUCUAGAAAAGUGCAUUCAGGAUAUGUUUUGCUUAUUCUGUCGUUUCUGUCCAUCGCUACAAUCAUCUGCCGAUUUUGAGUCUUAGAGCUGUGACGGACUCAUCGUUUAAUGCUUUGGUUUGAUUUCUUGAAAUAUAAUUAUUGAGUUUGGGUGAAUUUAUUUUGAAUAGAUCUACACUAUGCCUAAUUCCUGCCUUGCUGAGCUAAUUUUAUUUGGUACUAUGUUCAUAAAAUCAUUUGACUGGCUAGUGUUGGCACGUUUCUUGUCAGAGGAAUUUUUUUCCUUCAUUCCUUUGUGAAAUUUUAAAUAUAAUAAUCUUGAUUAGCUUGCUGCUAAUAACUUCCUCUGCGAGUUGUAAAGGUGUUGGCUCGGGAAGUGAUUCAUGUUAUUUGGUUUGCAAAUUUUGUAAUGGCAGAAUCAUUUUGUUUGCUGUGUGCUUUCAUUUUCAUCUGCUUUCUUGAUACACUAGUGUUGAUAAUGUUCCAUUCCCACCUUUGUGUUAAUUGCAUGUUUCUCAGCCUCACUUUCUUUAUUGAACCACUUAAUUGCGUGUCCAUUGUCUUAUCACAGUGCUUAAAUGCCAAAGGUGUCUGUUUUAGCAUGAGUCGAUGAAAAGCUGCUAUGAUGCUUCACAAGCUUCAUCAUGCCCAUAGUGUAGUCAGAAGAAAUCCUGUUGUUUGCCAUUUUGCUUCAGCUUUGCCAAAUUAAAAACACUGUUUACUUAAAAAAAUGUUCAGACUACAGUGUUUCCAUUGUAAUUUAUUAUAAUCGUUAUCAUAAAUGCACAAUUUCACGACCCAUCAUAGUAUUGUCUGUUUAGCAUCAGGCUACAUCCAAAGAUCCCACAUAGUUGCAACUGGAUUUUAGCUGUGCAUGCAAAGGGCUAUAAAAGAUAUUCUACAUUUAAUUCCAAAUUCAGAGCUCAGUCAAGGAUGCUAAUGUUUGAGAAUGUAAACCGCUCCAAAUCCUCUCACACUCAUAGAAUUCAACCUAACUUCGAGUAGUUUGUGGCCUUGAUUUCUUAUGCCAUUAUGUUUGUGUGCAUGCAUCAGAUUUCCACAGAAACAGAUAUAAAAAUGCCAUAUUCUGUCAUUGCUCUGAGCUAGUGUUCAUUCUUUGUUGCACCUUUUGAAUAUAAAGUGCCUUAAUUAAGAUUACAUGAUGAGAAUUACUAUUGUCAUGAAGAGAUGCACUCAAAGGGACUUGGACAUUUUAGAGUCAAGGUUUGAUCCAUUGAAGUUGUGAGCAGAUAAUGAGAGGUACAUGGACUAUAGCAUCUCGCUUGUGCUACCAUUUUGUUAUCUAAAUACUAAUAAAUGAGUUAAGAUUUUAUUUUUAGUUUCUAAUAACUGUAAUUACCUAUGGCCUGUUGUCCAGUAGUGCAUUUUUUUUUUUUGCUUCACAUAAACAUGGACAUGCUGCACAUCCGCUCUUGUCAAUUAGAAGACCCUUAACAUUGCAUCUGUAUCCAGAAAGUCUGUCUUAAUAGUUUUAUGCUCUAUUGUGUUGGUUUUAUUUCUUUGGAACUCUUUUCUUUUGUUCUUGUGUUUCAGAUCUGCAUUCACAAUUAGGUUGAAAAUGUGAUUAAUUAAUUAAAGUUUGAGUAUUGUAAAACA